UUUUAACCCUUUCACUACCAUGGGGAUCAUGCAUCCCAAGAGAAAUUUAAAAAAUCGUCAAAAAUACAAUUCAAGCUCAAUUUAGAUAGGAAAAGGUCCCAUUGGUAGUUUACAGUAUUUUUCGUUCAAUAUCAGCUGAUUUGGUUUCGUUCAAUAACUGUACUGCCUUUUAUUGCAAUUAACCGACAGCAACCUUCAGUGAAUGUGCACGUGUUUGCCUAUUUGUAAAUGUAUAAAAGUGUUUCUGUUUACUAAAUUAAUUUGAGUGAAUAAAAUAAGUGUUUUUCAAUAUAAUAAGAAUGAAUAAUAGAAAAAAAUCUGCCAGAAAUAUGAGGGAAGACGACAUUUUGGCGAUUAUCAAUUCCAGCGACUCUGACGUAAGUGAUUUUAGUGCUUCUGACUCAGAGUAUAUUCCGGAUUCCGAGAACGAAGUAGACGAGUCUCCGAGCGAGGAUGAUGAAGUAACGGAUAUUGAUAAUGCAAUAGUGUUAUCCAGUGAAAGUUCCAAUCUUCCAGUAGUAUGGGGAGAACCAUCAGUUUUAUUUCGUCCUCGCUUUUCUAUCACUGAAGACUUUGAGCCCAUUCUGUUGGCUCAAAUUUCAAGGAAUGCAACUGAGUUCGAAGUCUUCAAAUGCAUUUUUCCAGAAUCAUUAUUUAUUUUUAUCGCGCAGUGCACAAAUGAACGAUUGAGCAUUCUAAAAAAACAAAAAAGUUAUAAUAUUGCACCAACUGAUGCAUCAGAAAUUAAAAUUUUGUUGGGCAUUACGCUUAUAAUGGGUUAUAAUCAACUUCCAGACAUUUCUGAUUACUGGUCCCAAAAUGAAUCCAUGGGAAAUGAGUACAUAAAAAAGGCGAUGUCGCGAACUCGUUUUCAGGCCUUAAUGUCAAAAUUAUAUUUUAACUUCCCUGAGAAACCUGAAGCAGCAUCUAAGCUUUAUUAUAUAGAAGAAGUUACCAAUUGUUUGAAAUAUACGUUUGUCAAAACUCGUACCGAUAGUUUGCGUCAAAGCAUCGAUGAGUCCAUGGCAAAAUUUAAAAGUCGAUCUUCUCUAAAGCAAUAUCUUCCGAUGAAGCCGACUAAACGUGGCAUAAAAAUUUGGCAAAGGUGUGAUUCUAAAACUGGUUAUACAUAUGAUUUUAAUAUUUAUGCGGGUAAAGAGGAAUGCUCAACAUUAUCAGGAACUUUAGGGGAGAGAGUCGUUUUUAAAUUGUGCAAAACUAUUCGAAAUCCGGAUACUGUGUUGGUUUUUGACCGUUUUUUCACCUCAUAUAAUCUGAUGAAAACUUUGCCAUUUGCUUGCGUAGGAACAUGUAUUCAAAAUAGAAAGAACUUGCCAACCAUUAGUGACCGUUUGAAGAAAGGUGAAUGUAAAUUUUGCAUUAGCGAAACCGGUAUAAUGGUAGCAAAAUGGCAGGACUCACGUGAAGUUAUUGUUAUGAGUAACUGUCAUAGUCCUACAAUGUCCAUAGUCUUCAGAAAGCAAAAAGAUGGUUCAAGGGUUGUUACUAACUGUCCUAAAGCAUUGGCUUUCUAUAAUGAGAACAUGGGAGGAGUUGACAUAUCUGAUCAAAAGGUUAAAACUUAUGAACAGAACAGAAAAUCAAGCAAAUGGUGGCGUAAAGUAUUUUUCAAGCUUUUCAUGACAUCUAUUGUAAAUGCCCAUAUUGUUUAUCAGGAAAAUAUCCACAAAAAGUUUCAACUGAAAAAUUUUAUUGUUCCACUCGCAGAACAGCUCAUUGCGCAAGGAAGAGUUGGGACAAAAGUCAAAAGGACAUCUACAACAAAAGGACCCAGGUCAAAAAGAGCAAAAAAAAUGUUAAACGUGGGAGAUCAUAUGCCAGUAAAAGGUGAUCGCCGCAGACGCUGUGUUUUAUGCACCUCAAUAAAAAAAGAAAAACCAUAA